AUUCACUAGGAAGGGAAAGCGAUGACAUGGUCUGACCGGUGGGGUAAUACAAAAUCAAUUCCGGAAUCCGGACCCAACUCUUGACAUUUUUAACGCCAUUGAGGGGCAUUGUGGAAAUUGGAAUCUCCUCCUUCAGCAUAUGUAGUAUGAAUUUGGAGCUUGGAACAAAGAAAUCAAGCCUGAAACUCUAAAGCAACAAAGCCAGUGUCUGAUAUCGUGGUUGCCCAGCAUUUUCGGCGCAAAGGUUGAAUAGGUUUCUCCAGAACAGGCAUGCGCAUGAAAUAUUAUAAUCUCUCUUGAGCUUUCUCUCAGGUGGGAUAUGUGUAUCCUCAAAUGCCAGUUCUUUCUGCCAGGAGCUCUUUUCUUAGCUGAAUGCUUUAUGGAAAAUGUAAAAGGACAGAUGUGACAUGAUCAUUUGCUUUUAGCUCAACAAUGAAGCGCUAUGUUUACAUCAACGAUAAUGAUAUGUCACAAGAUGUUUAUUGUGACAACCGCAUAUCAAAUAGAAAAUAUACUGUGCUGAAUUUUGUUCCCAAAAAUCUAUUGGAACAAUUCAGCCGUUUCAUGAAUCAAUACUUUUUGCUGAUUGCAUGCCUCCAACUUUGGUCCCUUAUUACUCCGGUAAAUCCUGCAAGUACAUGGGGCCCACUUAUCUUUAUUUUUGCAGUCUCUGCAACGAAAGAGGCCUGGGAUGACUAUAAUAGAUAUCUUUCAGACAAGCAAGCAAAUGAGAAAGAAGUGUGGGUUGUAAAGCAAGCAGUCAAAAAACUUAUUCAGGCUCAGGACAUUCGUGUUGGUAACAUAGUCUGGCUCCGUGAAAAUGAUGAAGUGCCUUGUGAUCUUGUCUUACUUGGUACUUCAGAUCCACAAGGUGUCUGCUAUGUGGAGACUUCUGCUCUUGAUGGAGAAACUGAUUUGAAGACAAGGGUUAUACCCUCUGCUUGUGUGGGGAUAGCCUCUGAACUGUUGCACAAAAUCAAGGGAGUCAUUGAAUGUCCAAACCCAGAUAAAGAUAUUAGGAGAUUUGAUGCAAACGUGAGGUUGUUUCCUCCAUUUAUUGAUAAUGAUUUGUGCCCUUUAACCAUCAACAGCACGUUGCUUCAGUCAUGUUACUUGCGAAAUACUGAAUGGGCAUGUGGGGUUGCUGUGUAUACAGGCAAUGAGACCAAACUGGGUAUGAGUAGAGGUAUACCUGAACCAAAACUUACAGCAGUUGAUGCAAUGAUUGAUAAAUUGACGGGGGCAAUAUUUCUAUUUCAAAUUGUGGUGGUUAUCGUUCUUGGCACAGCUGGUAAUGUUUGGAAAGAUACUGAAGCACGAAAGCUAUGGUACGUUUUAUAUCCAAAUGAAGGUCCAUGGUAUGAGGUCCUGGUCAUUCCUCUGCGGUUUGAGCUUCUGUGUUCCAUUAUGAUCCCUAUAUCUAUUAAGGUGUCUCUAGACCUUGUCAAGAGUUUGUAUGCGAAGUUUAUUGAUUGGGACCAGGAAAUGUAUGACCAUGAAACUAGCACUCCAUCCCAUGCAACAAACACAGCAAUAAGUGAGGAUUUGGGACAAGUUGAGUACAUUUUAACUGAUAAAACUGGGACCCUUACUGAGAAUAGAAUGAUCUUUAGAAGAUGUUGUAUUAAUGGAAUCUCCUAUGGAAAUGAAAGUGGCGAUGCCUUGAAAGACCCGUUGCUGCUCAAUGCUGUUGCUAGUAGCUCUCCUGAUGUUAUCCGAUUCCUCAUGGUUAUGGCGAUAUGCAAUACAGUAAUACCUACAAAAAGCAAAAAUGGAGCAAUCACCUAUAAGGCUCAAUCCCAGGAUGAGGAUGCUCUUGUUCAUGCUGCUGCUCAUUUGCAUAUGGCUCUUGUCAAUAAGAGUGGGAACAUUCUUGAAAUCAAUUUAAAUGGCUUGGUCAUUCAAUAUGAAGUAUUAGAUACUCUGGAGUUCACUUCUGAUAGGAAAAGAAUGUCAGUGGUGGUAAAAGAUUGCCAGAAUGGGAAGAUUAUCAUGUUGUCAAAAGGAGCAGAUGAGGCAAUUUUUCCUUAUGCAUGUUCAGGGCAACAAAUAAGGGCUUUUGUUGAAGCUGUGGAGCAGUAUGCGCAAUUUGGACUGCGGACAUUGUGUUUGGCAUGGCGCGAGUUAAAUGAAGAUGAAUAUGAAGAAUGGUCUUUGACGUAUAAAGAGGCAAAGACUACAUUGGUUGAUAGGGAGUGGCGACUGGCUGAGGUAUGCCAAAGGUUAGAGCACAACCUUGAAAUCCUUGGGAUUACUGCAAUUGAGGACCGUCUACAGGAUGGAGUUCCAGAAACAAUUGAGACACUUAGGAAGGCAGGGAUCAACUUUUGGAUGCUGACUGGAGAUAAGCAGAGCACCGCCAUACAAAUCGCACUUUCAUGCAAUUUCAUUUCCCCAGAGCCAAAAGGCCAACUUCUGUUGAUUAAUGGGAAAACAGAAGAUGAAGUUUCUAGAAGCUUAGAGAGAGUGUUACUUACAAUGAGGAUAACUACUUCAGAACCUAAGGAUGUGGCAUUUGUUGUUGAUGGCUGGGCACUUGAAAUUGUACUCAAUCAUUAUCGUGAAGCAUUUACUGAGUUAGCAAUAUUGUCCAGGACAGCUAUCUGUUGCCGAGUGACACCAUCACAAAAAGCCCAGCUUGUGAAACUGUUAAAGUCAUGCGACUACAGAACAUUGGCUAUCGGUGAUGGGGGAAAUGAUGUGAGGAUGAUACAACAAGCUGACAUAGGGGUGGGCAUUAGUGGGAGAGAAGGAUUGCAGGCUGCAAGAGCGGCUGAUUAUAGCAUUGGCAGUAAGUUCUUCUAAUUCUACCAGUACUUG